AUGCCCUCUGGCGCCAAGAGGUCCUGCUCGGACACGGCCACCCACACCGGAGGCAGCUUCUCCAGGAGUUCACGCGGUGCCAGAUUGGGCGACGCAUGCCAGUGGGACCAAUCGCUCUCGUCGGGCAUGUACAUUCGCCGGUACCACAGCAUCCGGCCGGGUGUCAGCCACGGCGCGGUCAUUGCGUUCGGCUUCCAUGCUGUCUCGACCGUCGCCGUGUUGUCCACCACGGGAACAAUAUAG